AACAGCUACAGCAGCCUCUGCUAGCAGGCACUUUCAUUCGGAGACUCGAGCAAACUUUUUGGAGUCAGAGUGAAAAUUUGCUUGCGUUGGUUUUGUCUGACAGCGGGACGUUUUGGCAGGAUCUAGAAACAGUCGUGUCGUGGCAAUCGCACACCCAUUGAAACUAUGUAGAGAUGGAGUUCAUGAAACUGAUCGGAACUGUUUUGGCAGUUUGUUUCCAUCCCUGCUGCGCAUCAAGCGCGUUCGGUGAUCACAGGAUAUGCCGGAGAGGGACAGAGAAGCCCUGCUAUAAGAUCACAAGCUUCCAGGACAGCAGGCUCAGAGCAAGCUUUGAGGCAGCCAGACAGAAAUGCAGGGAGGAUGAUGGAGAGCUGCUCAGUAUUGAGACCGAGAAUGAGCAGCGUCUGGUGGAGAGAUUUGUGCAGGAGCUCAGGGCCUCUGAUGGAGACUUUUGGAUUGGGCUACGAAGGAGCUCACAAUAUAAUGCUGAUUGUUCAUCACAGUAUUACUGGUUGGAUUACAGUCAGGCCACAUUCAGGAACUGGCUGGUGACAGAGCCCUCGUGUGGCCUUGAUCAGUGUGUGGCGUUAUUCUACAGGCCCUCAUCUUCUUCUGGCCAGAAGGAGCACAACAUGUUCAAGUGGACUGACUACAACUGCAAUUCCAAGAAUAAUUUCAUCUGCAAGUACUCAGACGAGAAGCAUCCUGUCCCCACUCCGGCAGGAAAUAUCACAACACUCGCAGAUGCUGAUGACCUGACUCUGGUGCCAAAGCACCUGCCGCCCAUUAGAGUGGACAAUGACAGGAUGAAAACUGAACUCUCUGAGUCAUCAGUUUCUAUUUCAGAUGACACUAAUAUUUACUACAUCCUCCUCGCCACACUGCCUGUAAUGCUGCUGUUGAUAUUGGUGGUGUCGGGGGUGUUCUGCUUCAGAGUCAUGUCAAGAAGGAGAAAAGAACAGAAUGAAAUCUAUGCCGUGCCAGGACAGUGGGUGCGUCCCGUAGCUCCAAAAAGUCAGAAGGAUUAUGAACGCACCGACAAAUUCAACCAGUCUGGAGCUCAUCUGGAGUACAUGAGCUCUGAAAUUAACAGAACAUUUAGCAUGACGUCUGCAAACAGUCAGUUUGAGGACUACGAGAACGUCCUGAGCCGGCCCACGCAGUGCGGUUUUGUCACUAAUGACAUCUACGAGACCUGCCGGGGGUCCUCGGCAGUAGAGGCUGGAUGGGUGGUCAAUGACAUCUAUGGAUACUAAAACACUAUACAGUGUAUACUGACUGGUAAAGUCUCUCCCACUAGUGUGUCUGGCUCUCCCACCAUGUUUGAUUUCAUCUCUAGUCUGUAUGUCUGCUCUUUGAUGUGCUCUAUGUGACCUGGUGGGGAAGUCAUUGGGGGUCUAAUGCAGGGGUGUAUAGAUUCCCAUAACUGACUAUCCAAAGAAGCAUAAAGGUGUCAUCGGCUUGUGAGAGCUUCCUCUGUGGAAGCUGGCAUCCUGGAACAGGACCUUCCAUUUGGAAAUUCACAAAACAGUGCACUGACCUCUCAGCCCAUCUCAACAACAUCCUUCUGUGUCUCUGAGAAUGGCCUCUCUAAAGGAUACCUACUGCUGUUCCCCUGUUUUUGAAGACUGUGUAGUUGCUUCGUAAGCUCUUUUGUGUAAAAACUGAAUUAAAGGAUUUGUAUAUAUAAAACAUUAUAGUAACAUAUUGAAUAUGUAUUUUGCUUUUAGGUAUCAAAUGAUGAGCAAAAAGAUAAAUAAUGAGUUUUUUUGCUGUAUUUGGAUUGUAAAAUAUAUGUUGUUUGUCCUAAUAAUAAUAAUAUCUUUGUCAAAUUAUUUGGACUUAUUCUUGAGCACAGAAUAGCUUUUAAUGGAUGUGUUUGUGUUUAAUUAACAUUGUUCCCACACUCCUGGAAAACCUGGAAAUGUUAGGGAAUUUUAAAAACAAGCCUGGACAGGAAGAAUGUAUAUUUUUAUAGUGAAUAUACAUUUUUCUUGUUAGUUAUAAUUGGUAAGAAGUUGAGUGCAGUCUCUGUAAAAUGUUUUUGACUGCAAAAGUCAUGGGAAUGGUCAGUCCUUGAAGCAAUGUAACCCUAACAAAUUAUUUUAUUUAAUUGUAUUUGAUAAAAAAUCUUAUUCAGUGGCUUUUGUUAUGAAUGCUAAGAAUUGAUCUCUACCUUUUCCAUAUCGUCAAAUGUCACCGCUGCUGCUGCAUGCUUAGCUAUAACUUCACAUGGGGUUCAGAGAUGACUAAUUUUCCAAACCACUCUGUUAUUUCAACAUUUUGUACCCUUUUUAUUGACUGCGUCACUCUCAAUUUAUUGCAAAUAUUUUGAGCUAAACGUUAUUCUUUGGAAAUGCAUUAUUAUUAUUCAGCUGAAUUCCCUGAGGUCAUCAGAGCUGUAGGAGCAGUGAAGUAUUUUAUUAGACCUGAGUGACUGCAGUACAACAUGUGACCGUGAGAUGUCGCCAUAUGAUAGGCCACCUAAACCUGAAUUACGUGCAGCUUUUGAGGACAUAUUUGUUGCACUUGUGUCAUUUAGGUGUUUAAAUUACAUUUUCCAAUACAA